CAACCAAUAGCAUUCACUUUGGGAUCCACUCACGCAAGAUCCCAUGAUGUCAUCCCAAGCGCCGUUCACUCUCCGUCCACGUUAGAGACAGCAGAAUCUUGGAAACAACGACACAGUUCAAUUGUGGCUCCUUUGCCAAUGGAGAAAAAAACGAAGGUGAGGACAUUUGGAAGAGCGGUUUUGAGGGUGAGAGUGGAUCAUGUCCUCCACUGCAACGAGGAGAUGAGCCAAGGUUCAAUGCGCC